AGCAAGCAAGCAAGCAGUAGCAGUAAGUUAUUAGUGUGGGUGUUUUUUUUCCCGCCGUUCUGUCGCCACCUAGCGGUCGCGACGCCGACAGCACGUUGUCGUUGGCUCGGCCGUCACGUGACCUCACAGCUGAUUCGCCUGGACGGCGUGUUUUCCCCUUUGGCACCGUCGGUGAACCUGUGGGCCACAUCAGCCGCGUUUCGGGCCACCGACGUCUCGGAGUGACGCUUCGUCCCCCAGGUCCGGUUCAGCUGGCUAUUAUGGCACAGGCCGCCCAAGUCAACGUCGUUGAAAUCAACAGCCCUCCCAUCCGGGUCGAACACGACAAGAAACGUCGGCAGUUCGUUAUAAGGCUGAGCGGCUCUCAUGAUCGUGCAGUACUUCUGUAUGAAUACAUUGGGAAGAAAACGGUGGACCUGCAGCACACUGAGGUUCCAGAUGCGUAUCGAGGCAGAGGCAUUGCCAAGCACCUGGCUAAGGCAGCCAUGGAUUUUGUGGUGGAAGAGGAUCUGAAAGCCCACUUGACCUGCUGGUACAUUCAGAAAUACGUCAAAGAGAAUCCUCACCCUCAGUACUUUGAACAUAUUUAUCAAUGACACCCAGCAAAUAUUGAAACACAAGGGAUCGGGAGUGCAGAGUAAGACUCCCAGAAGAGAAACCCGGGUGCAUGCUUUGGAGUUGGAGGGUUAUUUCCGAGCCUUCCUGUCAUUGUUAAAUGGGACAAUUCUGAAAAAGCGGAGAUAUUUUUCGCUUGACGGCAAGGCUUCCACGAUGUCCGGACAAGCACCCGGUGAUGUCCACAACAUAAUACCAACUCAAACAGGAAAUGAGUCAUGUUACAGUAGCAGACUGUUGGUGAAUCUUAAUCACAGAAUGCAAACAAGCCAACCAAAGCUGAAGCCUGCUACCUCAGCCAAAGACCGCAAGGAUAUAGACCUGCCAUGGACAUCAGCAAAGGGUUGGACAUACUUCCUCACUGAUCUGACUGGUUAGGGGCAGUAAUAGAGGAUGAAGCAAGCGUUGUUCUCUGUGAUGUUUGGACUGAAAUUAGUGAAGGCUUCCCUGAUUCUUUCCCGAACCUUUUUUUUUUUUGCAGCAGUUUAUGCUAAAUGUUGACUUAAAAGGUGGCAAAUGUUAAAUGCAGCACAGGAAUUUCAUUCUAGUUUAUUCGCUAUUAGUAGAGAAGCCCUCUUGGGAUCUUUCUGUCCAAAAGAGGAUAUUUUUCUUUAUAAAUGUUGGUGUAGAGGUAGUUACACGGUUAUCUUUGAGCAGUAUGUACAGAGGGGGAUCGCGUGAGGGGUUUCUUCCUGUUUUUUUUUGUUUUGUUUUUCUUCGAGAUAAUGGUUUAAUUGGACAUCUUUCCCCAAAUAUGUGCUGUUAAGACCUUAAAAGGAAUUUAGGUUCAACAUCACUCAUCAGCUCUUAGCAUGUGUUUCCCAAUUAUUUCAGGUGAAUUAAACUGUUGCGUUUUUUUUCUGAAGUAAAGAAAGUGAUCUGUCGGAUAAAGAGGAACACAGAAAUGGAUAAUGUUUCAGCCAAACGGCACAAACCAAGGAUGUCUAACCCCAUUACAGCCAACCUGAAAAAGCCUGGAGGUAAUGUCUUAUGGGGCUUUCUUUUGUCGUCGUUCCAUUUGUUGCUACGACGAAACAAAAGACACACGUGUGAUGGAGCGGGUCUUAAACCUUUCACUGUGCGAUACAGUACUGACAUUUUUGUACGGAUGAGUUUUUCUGCUCCAGUAAGUACCCGAGAAGGUACUGCAUAGGGCAUUCACAACCUGUGGCCGCUUUCUCCUUUCGUUCAGCAACAUUGGGGGGAGGUAGGCUUUGCAGAUCGGAGCUCGUUGAGGUUGUUUUCCACUCCAUCCGCACUGUUUUGUUUUGUUUUUCUUUCCUCUUUACGUGGAGCUUUUCCGUUGAUGUGUCAUAGGCUGUCCGAGUUCAACCAUACUGUUAUGGUGCACAGACUCGUGUUACUUUGAAUUCUAGCUAUAACAUUCUGGAACACUCCCAUGUUUUAGUGUGUACCACAGUGUGCUUUCACCAGUCUAAUCCACACUAGCCAGUGUGUCUGAUGUCAAAAUGACUUAAGGUCAGCAUAAAGACAGAAAAUGUAAAAUAAAAGUAUUUCUUC